CGUACGGCAUAAGGUCCAUCUCAACACCUUUGGAUUCUUCAAGGAUGGGUGCAUGGUGGUUAAUGUCACCAGCCUCUCAGUCCAUGCGUCAGAAGGCGCCCCAGACAAGGAUGCUACUAUUGGGUUCAGCGUAGACCGUACAAAGAAUGAUGGGUUUUCUUCUUAUCUGGAUGAAGAUAUCAAUUACUGUAUUUUAAAGAAACAGUCUGUUUCUGUCACCCUCCUAAUCGUAGACUUCGCCAGAAGUGAACUAAAGAUAAAAUCACCACCAGAAGCUGGUACCCAGUUUCCAGAGAUCAUCUUCAGUAAGGAUGAGAGAGCUCGUGGUCAGAGCCAGGAGCCGGGUGGUGACCCUGUUUCAACAGGCAACCAGACUCAGAAACAUCCAGACAGUAGAAAGUCUAAAAGAAGUACAAUAAAAUCAAAGGCAAUGAGAGAGAAAUCCUUUUCUGUUCACAAUAAUGAUGGAGCAGUUUCAUUUCAGUUUUUCUUCAACAUCAGCACCGAUGACCAGGAGGGCCUCUACAGUCUUUACUUCCAUAAGUGCCUUGGAAACGAAGUGCGGUCCAGUGACAAGAUUUCAUUCAGCCUUGAUAUUGAGAUCACAGAGAAGAAUCCUGACAGUUACCUCUCAGCAGGAGAAAUUCCUCUCCCCAAAUUAUACAUUUCAAUGGCCCUUUUCUUCUUCCUUUCUGGAACCAUCUGGAUUCACAUCCUUCGAAAACGACGGAAUGAUGUAUUUAAAAUUCACUGGUUGAUGGCAGCCCUUCCGUUCACCAAGUCUCUUUCCCUGGUGUUUCAUGCAAUCGACUACCACUACAUCUCCUCCCAGGGCUUUCCGAUCGAAGGUUGGGCUGUUGUGUACUACAUCACUCACCUUCUGAAAGGCGCACUGCUGUUCAUCACCAUUGCACUCAUUGGCACAGGCUGGGCUUUCAUUAAGCACAUCCUUUCUGAUAAAGACAAGAAGAUCUUCAUGAUUGUCAUCCCACUUCAGGUCCUGGCAAACGUGGCCUAUAUCAUCAUAGAAUCCACUGAGGAGGGGACGACUGAGUAUAGCUUGUGGAAGGAUUCUCUGUUUCUGGUUGACCUGCUAUGCUGUGGAGCCAUCCUCUUCCCAGUAGUGUGGUCAAUCAGACAUUUACAAGAAGCCUCAGCAACAGAUGGAAAAGCCGCUAUUAAUUUAGCAAAGCUGAAACUAUUCAGACACUAUUACGUCUUGAUUGUGUGCUACAUAUACUUCACAAGGAUCAUUGCGUUUCUCCUCAAACUCGCUGUCCCGUUCCAGUGGAAGUGGCUCUACCAGCUCCUGGAUGAAAUGGCCACGCUGGUAUUCUUCGUUUUAACUGGGUAUAAAUUCCGUCCAGCUUCAGAUAAUCCCUACCUACAGCUUUCUCAGGAAGAGGACGACUUGGAAAUGGAAUCUGUGUAA